CAAAACGAUUUCAGUUCUUUCUUUGUUUGUCUCAACACUUUCCCUCUCCUUCUCUUUCUUCCCGAAAUUUAGGAUUUCUUUAUUUCCUGCAAGAAAGCCAACCCGAUUCCCCUUGUCUCACACCAGCAGCCCCGCCCCAACCGGGCCUCUCUCUCACCUAAAUAUACGCCAGAUAUUGGAAUUCGGGACACCCUGUCACCCACACAAGAUCUCAUAUGCUAUAAGGUCGGUGACCAGGGAAAAUAUCAAAGGCAAUUUCAAAGAUCUAAGGAGCACCAACCAGAUCUUUGAAAUUCCUCUGGUUUCUCUAACUGGGUUUAUUAUGGGCUGGAGAUACAGAGCUGGGUUGUUCUUAAUUGCUACUGUUGUUGUCAUUUGGGUUACCUCUGCAGAAGUCACCCAGGAUAUAUUUACAGACUAUAAGCAGCCAUUUGCAGUAACAUAUCUUGGAGCUUCUCUUAUGGUAGUUUACAUCCCAAUAGCAUUCAUUAAGGAUUGGUUGUGUAAUUUACUAAAACGUCGCUCUUCUAAAAGUGGUAAAAAUGCAGAAAGCAUGAAUGAGUUUUCUGCUGGAUUUAGUUCUCCUCUAAAACACAAUGGAGGGCAGAAAGACUUUGAAUUGGAAAUUCAUGGGUCCUUGACCAGAAAAGACAGUGAUGCAGACCUUUCACCUUGUGCAGAAGCAAUACCUUUGGUUUCUAAAUACAAAGAUGAUUUAACUGUGCCGAAACAUGACAAAGAGGUUACUGCAAGGCAAAUUGCUACUUAUGGGUUUUACAUUGCCCCUCUCUGGUUUUUUACAGAGUAUUUUUCAAAUGCUGCCCUUGCGCGCACAAGUGUUGCAAGUACAACAGUAUUAUCCUCGACUUCAGGACUCUUUACUCUUUUUGUUGGUGCAUUCUUGGGUGAAGAUACUUUAAAUAUAGCAAAAGUGGUGGCUGUCUUUGUCAGCAUGGCUGGUGUAGCCAUGACAACUCUGGGCAAAACUUGGGCUACAGAUGAGUCACAACUGAGUGCUGCCAAUGGGAAACGCUCUCUUGUUGGAGAUCUUUUUGGCCUUCUCUCAGCCAUGUCAUAUGGUCUAUUUACUGUUCUCCUUAAAAAAUUUGCUGGCGAGGGAGGAGACAGGGUUGAUGUGCAAAAGUUGUUUGGGUACAUUGGACUUUUUACACUUGUAGCAUUAUGGUGGCUUGUUUGGCCAUUGACAGCAUUGGGCAUUGAACCCAAGUUUACGAUUCCUCACUCUGCUAAAUUGGAAGAAGUUGUUAUUGCCAAUGGCUUUGUUGGAAGUGUACUCUCAGACUACUUCUGGGCGCUAUGUGUUGUGUGGACAACUCCACUGGUGGCCACCUUGGGCAUGUCGCUCACCAUACCACUCGCUAUGGUUGCUGACAUGUUCAUCCACGGCCGUCAUUAUUCAGCAGUUUACAUACUUGGAUCUGCUCAGGUAUUUGCAGGAUUUGUGAUAGCAAAUCUUUCAGACUGGUUCUCGAAGAAACUGGGGUUAUAGCAUUUUAUUGAACACUACUACUUGCUUAGUUUGGCAAUUCUGAUUCUUUUAUGGGGGCAAUUUUUCUCUUUCCACUCUGGUCGGUUGUCAAGUUCUUGAGUUUACCAGUAAGGAAGUUUCUCCUCAAUAUGGGUGGUUGGUUUGUGUGGGAGGAAAGUGAGGGUGAAAAUAUAAUGUUGUAUCAUACUCUGUGUACAUCAAUUCUUGGGGUGAGGUUUGUCUUUUCACCAUCAUCAGCUUUGAGUGUGAGCCCUGUAUGUAAUAAACCUUUUGGGUUGAAAAAAUCUCAUUUCACGCAC